AGCCCCAGUUGUGCCGGUGGGCAUGGUUUGGAGGGUAGCUCAGAGGCGCUGUUGUCCCCCCCCAUCUCUGAGCUGCGCCAUCCUGCAACAAGAGCCAGCCCUCGCCCCCCCUGGGCUCCAGCUCCACCCCCACGACGGAGUCUUUCUCCCCGAGGACAAGGAGCCCGUCAAGUACGGCGAGCUCAUCGUCUUAGGGCACAAUGGGUCCCUGGCCAACGGGGACAAGGGCCGCAGAAGAAGUCGCCUGGCCCUCUAUAAGAGACCCAAAGCUAAUGGGGUCAAACCUGACGUCAUCCACAAUGUCUCCACCCCGCUGGUGUCCAAGGCGCUCAGCAACAAAAGCCAGCACAGCAUCUCCUACACACUGUCCCGGAGCCACUCUGUCAUCGUGGAGUACACACAUGACACCAACACAGACAUGUUCCAGAUCGGCCGGUCCACAGAGAGCAUGAUCGACUUCGUGGUGACGGACACGGCGGGGAGCAGCAGCGGUCAGGGCGGGGGUGCAGCGGGGGAGGGGGGGGGGGGAGGCCAGUCGGCGCAGAGCACCAUCUCCCGCUACGCCUGCCGCAUCAUGUGUGAGCGCAGCGCCCCCUACACUGCCCGCAUCUACGCCGCCGGCUUCGACUCCUCCAAGAACAUCUUCCUAGGGGAACGGGCAGCCAAAUGGAGGACGUCGGACGGCUUGAUGGACGGCCUGACCACCAACGGGGUUCUGGUGAUGCACCCGGCGGGGGAGUUUGUGUCUGAGCCGGCUCCGGGCGUCUGGAGGGAAAUCUCAGUCUGUGGAAACGUCUUCGCCCUGAGGGAGACUCGCUCAGCGCAGCAGAGGGGGAAACUGGUGGAAAAUGAGUCCAACACCCUCCAGGAUGGAUCUCUGAUUGAUCUAUGUGGGGCCACCCUGCUGUGGAGGACCCCCGCUGGACUGCGCCACACCCCCACCCUCAAACAGCUGGAGUCCCUUCGCCAGGAGCUGAACGCCGCCCGGCCCCAGUGUCCGGUGGGCUUCAACACGCUGGCCUUCCCGAGUCUGGCCCAGCGCGAGAUCGUGGACAAGAAGCAGCCCUGGGUCUACGUCAACUGUGGCCACGUGCACGGCUACCACAACUGGGGCUACCGCAAGGAGAAAGGCCCUGCUGGACCCGGGGGCACCGCACCCGCCAGCACCGGGGAGAGGGAGUGCCCCAUGUGCCGGAGAGUGGGCCCCUAUGUUCCCCUGUGGCUGGGCUGUGAGGGAGGAUUGUACCUGGACGCCGGGCCCCCCACUCACGCUUUCUGCCCCUGCGGCCAUGUAUGCUCAGAAAAGACUGUGGUGGGGUGGAGCCAGAUCCCGUUGCCCCACGGCACCCAUGCCUUCCAUGCUGCCUGCCCCUUCUGUGGUACCUGGUUGACAGGGGAGCAGGGCCACAUCAAACUCAUCUUCCAGGGCCCCGUCGACUGAAGCCCACCCCUGGGUAGAGGUGUUGAGGAAAGACUGUGUGCUAGAACAAAAAUCUGAACACUCGCCGUGUGGGAUGAAAGAAAAGCACUGAUGAAGUACAAAAGGAGUGAUGAACUGAAGGUGCCAUGCAAUAGUAAAUUGCCAUGGCUUCAAACUGAGUUGUAUGAAGAUGUGUAAAUAAAUUGUGUUGAAAUGA